AUGAAGAAGGCGGAGUUGGUCUCCAUUGUGCGCAGCUUGUUGCCUCCAGGAGCGACGUGGCCUACGGAACGCGGUGGGCCGCGCUUUGAAGGUGGCAAGACGGUGUUGAUGCUGCUCAUCGACCUCGUGUGCCACCACUACACGGGCGACUUCUGGGCCAGAGACACCUUCAGACGCCACGUGAUCAUGGACGCGUGCUACCGCGGCGUGGAUUCCUUAGUGCUCCAGCGCCUGCUCAAGUGGGCGAGGAAGACAAGCUUCAGGGUGAUCAUCCCCAUGUCAAGGGGGGACGUCAACGGGUUGGACGCAGUGGAGCUCGCAAUUGCUGGAGGACACGGACAACUGGCCUCCUGUCUGCUUGAGCAGCACGGCGCCAGCUCACACGACACUCUACUAUGCAGGCACUACCCGUUGGCAGUGUUGGAGCUCGCUAUUGAGUCGAGGAACGAGCAGUGCGCAAGGGAUGUUCUCGCCAAUAAGCGUGUUGUACGCCACCUUCACCCUGGUGCAGCAGUGCGACUGAACCUGAUCACGCGCUGGGAGCAGCGUCAAGCUCCGGUGAAGAGGCUCUACAAUGUGUUCACGUGUGUGGGAGCUGCGAUACGUUGCGGGAUGCCGGGCGUUGUGCGGAUUAUCUAUGAGCUGAAUCCUGUUGAGACUCGACAGGCGGCUUGGUACGCGGUGCACAAGCUGGAGUCACAGGGUCGUAUUGAGGUGUCUCCGGAGGUUCGGAGGCUGGUUAGGGGCAAGACUGUGCUGAUGGUUGUGGCGACCAAGGAGACCGACCCUCGACUGGCCGUCAAGCUUGUCGACUUCGUGUGUCCACUCACUGCGGACUUCUGGGCGCGAAACUCGUGUGGACGCCACGUGAUCAUGGCUGCGUGCAAUGAAGGCGCGCAUCCGUCAGUGCUGCUACGCUUGAUCAAGUGGGCUCGGAGGUGCAGCCUCAACGUGGCUCUCCCCAUGUCCAUACAAGACCUCCAAGGCCUCGAUGCAGUGCAGCUUGCUAUUCAACGCGGACACGGAGCGCUGGCUUCCUGCUUGUUGGAGAAACGGGAUCCAGCUACACACGACCACUUGCUUUGUCUCCACUACCCGUUGAAGGUGCUGGAGCUGGCUAUCGAGUCGAUGAACGAGCAGUGCGCGAGGGAAGUUUUGGACAACAAGCGCGUUGUGAGCCAUCUUAAGCCAGGGAAAGCAGAGCGUUUGAACUUGAUCACGCGGUGGACGCAGCGUCAAACUCCCAACAAGCGGCUCUACAAUAUCUUCACGCUGCGCUUACAGGUCUCCAUCGCCCAGGCUCAGGUGGCUCCAGAGAUGCAGCGAAUGGCGAGUUCGUAUUUGCUGCACAAGGCGUGGCCGCAGAUUAGUGUGAUUGUGUUGCUUCGCCACCACGAAUUGCUGGCAAGACACGAGUGCAAUUGCUCGCUGUGGAAGCGGAUACGUCGCUGGAGGCUGUGUAAGCAUCGCGACUGGGACGCGAUCGCCUCUCACCCGUGGACGACAAUCCCAAGUGAGGUCCUCUACAACAUUCUGAGCUUCCUCCUGCCCUCCGAGGUCGCAGAGGCCAGGAGCAUGGCAGUCGUGGUCGAGUACUGA